CCAUGGCAAUGACUGCAGGGACUACAACAUCCUUUCCCAUGAGUAACCACACCCGGGAGAGAGUGACGGUGGCCAAACUUACACUGGAGAACUUCUACAGCAACCUAAUUAUACAGCACGAAGAGAGAGAAACCAGGCAGAAGAAGCUAGAAGUGGCUAUGGAAGAGGAAGGCCUUGCAGAUGAGGAGAAAAAACUGCGCAGGUCACAACACGCUCGCAAAGAGACAGAGUUUCUGCGACUGAAGAGGACUAGACUUGGUUUGGAUGACUUUGAAUCUUUGAAAGUUAUAGGAAGAGGAGCAUUUGGGGAGGUACGCCUCGUUCAGAAGAAGGAUACAGGUCAUAUUUAUGCAAUGAAGAUACUAAGAAAAGCAGAUAUGCUGGAGAAAGAGCAGGUAGCCCAUAUCCGAGCAGAAAGAGAUAUUUUGGUUGAAGCGGAUGGAGCCUGGGUAGUGAAAAUGUUUUACAGCUUUCAGGAUAAAAGAAAUCUUUACCUGAUCAUGGAGUUCUUACCUGGAGGUGACAUGAUGACCUUACUAAUGAAGAAAGACACCUUAUCAGAAGAGGAGACACAGUUUUACAUUUCUGAAACUGUGUUGGCCAUAGAUGCUAUUCAUCAGCUGGGAUUCAUCCACAGAGAUAUUAAACCAGAUAACCUUCUGCUGGAUGCUAAGGGUCAUGUAAAACUGUCUGAUUUUGGGCUAUGCACAGGUUUAAAGAAAGCUCACAGAACAGAGUUUUACAGGAACCUUACACACAACCCACCAAGUGACUUCUCAUUUCAGAAUAUGAACUCAAAGAGAAAAGCAGAAACAUGGAAGAAGAACAGGCGACAGCUGGCAUAUUCUACUGUUGGAACCCCAGACUAUAUUGCACCAGAAGUAUUUAUGCAGACUGGAUACAACAAGCUAUGUGACUGGUGGUCUUUGGGAGUGAUUAUGUAUGAAAUGCUAAUAGGGUAUCCACCUUUCUGCUCAGAAACGCCGCAAGAGACUUAUAGGAAAGUUAUGAACUGGAAAGAAACGUUGGUUUUUCCUCCAGAGGUGCCUAUUUCAGAGAAAGCAAAGGAUUUAAUUCUAAGGUUUUGUAUCGACUCGGAAAACAGAAUUGGUAGUAAUGGAGUAGAGGAAAUAAAAAGUCAUCCGUUUUUUGAAGGAGUGGACUGGGGACAUAUCAGGGAGAGACCAGCUGCAAUCCCUAUAGAAAUCAAAAGUAUUGAUGAUACUUCCAACUUCGAUGAAUUUCCCGAAUCUGAUAUUUUACAGCCAGUGCCAAACACAACGGAACCUGACUACAAAUCCAAAGACUGGGUUUUCCUCAAUUAUACCUACAAGAGAUUUGAAGGGCUUACGCAGCGUGGCUCGAUCCCUUCCUACAUGAAAGCCGGGAAGUUGUGAAACAAAACACAAACCCACAAAAGAAAUAAAAAUACAAACCUCAGGUAGCUGCAUCACCAGACCCGCUUGGCGUUAGUUAUCAAUACAUUGACUCUGGUGCGCAUCAAUUUCACAAGGAAAUUCUACAGGAUUAGGAUUUCUAAGACUACUACAGGAAUUAGUUGGCAGUGCCAGCUGGCUUUUUUUUUUUUAAUAUUUGAAUAUUUUUGUUAACUUUAUUAUACAAAGGUACUGGAAUAAAAGGAACGUACAUCCCUUUAACUGCACUGCCUAUGUGUGUAUAACGGUUAAUUAUGCCUCUCUGUACUGUGGCUUUGUUUGUACUGUAAACCAUCUAAUCCACCCAGGAGUAAACCAUAUCAUUUUAUGCAGCAUUGUUAUUAUACUGCUUUACCUGGUGGGUUUUAGAUAUGCAGUAUAAAAAACCAUUGCCCAUAUUUGCAAAAUUCUCUGAGCAGUUGCUCAAGGAUGUUCCAGUUGUGGUGUGCAGAUAUCCCAUGAGUGUCGCAACAUUGAAUUAUUUUAAAUAGCAGCGUCCCGUGGGCCUACUUGUGCCCUGCUUACCCUCGCUUCUCCCCGCUGGAGGGCUUUAUCAGCUGAUCAUCCUUCUUUUUCUUCCUUUUUCCACUGUGUGUGGUAGUGAGACAGUCCCUGUGAUCUGUUUAGUGGUAUUUCUACUUUAAAUGAUAGUUGAUGGGUAUUACUCUUUAAGAUGAUGAUGCCUGUUGGCAACUUCAGAAGAAAAAAGGAAUCUGAAUAAAAAUUAUGAAGAUUUUUAACAGAAGGGAAACUUUCUGAUACCAAGCUCUGAAGAGAUGGCAGAGUUUCCAGGACUGCAUUCCUACCUCUGCUGUAAAGCAGAUCAUCUUUUUGCUAUUCAUAAUUCAAAUAGCCUUUGUCUGUCUGUGCAAAAUGUAUUCUAGAAAAGUGAUCAAAUUGCUGCUUUUUCGUCUCCCUAAGAAGUUCCAGGCAGAAGGGAACCUGCUCUAGCCUUUUCUUUCCAGAAUACCCCGUAGCAGCCUCUGCCAAGCUAGAGGAAAUGGAGCACCCCACUAGACUUGGACUCUCCUGUGGGCUCCAUCUUCUAGUAUCUCCAUCUUACGUGGACCAUGGGAUUACAAAGGAUCAGCUGAGUCUGCAGCCCAGUUUCCAGGAACCACAAAAAACCACAACUGAAUUGGGCAGAGCAUCUAAAUGCUAUUCUCCCCAGUCUGCAGGAUGGUGAUAAACUGACAGCAAAGGCAGGUCUCCUUCUAGUUCAAGGAAACUGAAGCAGAAAUCCCUCCGCGUGCAGGGUAUGGUUUUGCUUCUCAGCCCAGCAGCAGUAGUUCAGGACUGAAUUGCACACCUCGAACAGUUUGCAAUUAUCUGGUCACUGGCAAAUUUAUCUAUAUCUCUGCCUGUACUAGCCUAUUAUCUGCAGUACUUUGAAUCUAUCACAACACAGUAGAGAUCUUUGACGUCAUUUUCUGGUUACAAAAGAGAUUUACAGCAAUUAACAAUUCCCCAGUAAUUGAACAAGCAGAGUCACUGUUGCUGUCUUCCUCCUCUGAACGCAAGUGAAAGGCACUCUAAAACCUCUGCAGCGCCCAUCGGUGUGAAGCACAGGAUGUUUUGGCAUACAGUAGGAAAGACUCCAUUAGACUGGCUUUUGCAGCAAAAUGGAAGUGACUAUUUAUAAAGCCAUUACAGAAAUAUUUAUUGCUGUUAGGCACCAUGGUAUCAGCUGUUCUGAAUUAUUUGUAUGCUUUAAAAACACACUAGGGUCUUCAUCUGCUGCAUAAAAGACCAUUUACCAGCAAGAUUUCAGUGCAUCAGUGGCUUACUAAUGUGCAUGUAGUCUUCCCCAAUCCAACAGCUACUAGGUUCCUGAAGGGCUUCAGUGAUGUCUUUCCUCCAAUAUUUUGUCUCCCUUCAAGUAUCUAAUAUCUGUUAUUUGUACCACAUUUCUACAAAAAAUUUUAGUCUUCAGCUCAUCAAAGAGUAGUAGCCAGUGCCUCAGGGCCCAUCCAGUUUAUACAGUGUUAUAUCAGAACAUGGCUAAACUUUUGCCUAAAUGCUGGACUUAUGUGGGAACCGCUCGUUGAUCUCCCACUUUUUCUUCCCAGACCUUACACUAAUUAACACCCCUUUACUGCCGUUGGGGCAAGAUCCCUCAGAAAUUCUCCAGUGUUGUUCUUAGCCUUGUCAAUGUAGUGAAGCUCAACCUGUAUCCAUCCAAAGACUGUCCAAAAACAAUAACUCACUUAAAUCCACCUUUACACUUUCUGACUUCAUUCUGCCAAUGCCCUAGCAGCUUCUGAGGCUUCUCAGGAAAGGAAAUUCCUUUUCGAAAGCCUUCCAUCCAUUCUACCAAAACAGAGGAGCUUGGGCAGAAAAUAUCCAAGAUGCAAACUUGGCCUCAAAGGACACUGCUAUUCAAAAGAGAAUUUUUAUUAAUUUCCAAUCUCAUUCAUGGGGCACUAUGUGCACCAGAAGUGGAAGUCCUGCGAACAACACGUUUCAAAAAACCACAGUAACCAUAUUUGCAUAAUAUAAAAAGCAGUCUUUGCUUGAACUUGCUAAGACAAGAUAAGUUUCAUGGAAACUGCAAAUGCUCAGUAAUACUGGUGAUUUUUUUUUUUUACUGUGGGGUUUGGGGGAGGGGAGAUCAAUACACACUUAAUUUAAAGCUAUCUAUUAAACAACUAUGUCUGUACAUACUCACUGGUUUACAAACUUGGGAAAAAGCUCAACCCUUACAUUUGUAACACUAAAGAUAAUACUCAUUUAAAAUUACGGAUGAUUAAUCAUAUCACUGCUCACAUAGGAGUUAUCUCCAUAGGGAAACAGCCUGCAGCCUAUUUAGCAUAAACUCCUGCAUUGUGGUAGUUGAUUUUUUUCUUUUUAAACAUAGCAUUAUUUUAAUCAGUAAGUCAAGUUAAACAAAAUAUUAACUACUGCUUUUAGGAUGAUAGAAUUUUUUUUAAAGGUGAAACUGUGACACUGUAAUGGAUUAAAAAGAACAGAAGGUUAAUCUACACUGGCUUUCAAAAAAGGAAGUGCAACAUAUCUUUUGUUUUGUUAUUUUUGUCUUAUUCCUUUGGAUGGUUGUGUUUUUCCCUUUGGCGAUGUUUGUCACUGUGCCAUUUAUUUUUCUUAUUCUUGGAGUACCAAAGAUCCUGAAAUGGCUUGAUGAUUGCAACCAUGUGAAAAUUUAUUUUCUGGAAGUAUGUUUUGUUAACUUUUGUUAAAAUGUGGAAUUGUGUAUGCAAAUUGUUAUCAGAGGUUCGCUGGGAAGUUAACCUAUUCCAGCAGGGAAAACUUGAGUGCGCCGAUGGAAGUGGUGAGCCUGAAUCCAAAUCCUGGAUCUGAAUACCCUGAAACUGGGGAGGAAGCUUGGAUUGGGAGACGCAGCUGAGCUUUUGCAUUUUGUUUCAUCUCCAGUCAGCGUGAGUGAGUGGCUUUAGGUGCAGGACAUCAGCAGAGGUUGUUUCAUGUGCAAAAGGAGUUAAAAAAAAUUGCCAGCAUUCAGAAAUCAAAUAUUGUUGAUACUGCAUUUGCACUGUUAAAUUUGCCUUGCUGGAGAGUUAUAUAAGUGUUAUUUUUAUAGGUCAAUUGUUAAACACCUGAGCCGUUGUAUACAGUAUGGAAUAAUAGCAUCUGACGUGGGUGAAUUCACCUAAGUGCAAAGGGGCUUGCUGAAAGCUCUCCACACUACUAAGAUAAAUGGGCAUAAGCAGUACAAAGGGUGUUGUGUCGGCUCCUUCUAGCGAGGUGACUUUCCUCCUCUGCAACAGCACGUAGGGAAUACUGCAGUUUAGCCCGGUUAUACUCUAAUGCUUAGGAAGUGCUCUCACUUUUUCAAUAAUACGAGCAAUUACAAGCAUUGUAACAUACUGUACCUUGUCCUUUUAAUGUUGAUAUAUUACAGCAGCUCGUUCUUGGAGUCGAAAUGGCAACUGCUAUAUUUUUCCUAGACUGUUUCAUUAGUUGUGGUUGGGAAAGUUACAUAGAAGCAUUAUAAAAAUUUAUAUGAGGCUUUUUACAGCAUUUGAAAAUAAAA